GUCGAGCGGAGGCGGCCGUUCGCCACCGGAAAUCGAGGCUCAAAUCCAAUAUAGAUCGAUCAGUAAAUAGACCUCGAGCCGGCACGAGAACCGCGUCACCGGCUGCUCGUGCUCUGUAGUAUUUGCAGCUUGCAAGCUCGUUGCAUCUCGCCUCCUGGCAAAGCUUAUCGUGACACCGUUUCGGCCGCAUUACGCCGGGCAACGGCCGGGCUGGGCCCGUGCGUCCGUCCUUCCGUCAUCAGCUUUAUUUCGCUUUAGUCGUCGUCUCACCAAUUCCAGCAGCCGUUCCGCGCGUUUCGGCCGCGAAUUUGCAGCAGCGAACGCAGUGAGCCCCGCACCACGUGCAACCCUCUCCACGCCACGCGCUGCAGCUAAUCAACCACCCACCCGACUCGCUUGGGAACUUAUACUCUCGCUAAAGCUCGGCCCGCCGCUCGGCAAGUAAUACACGAUACUACCCAGACAAGACCCACCGGCCACCUCGUCACUAUAUAUUCGGUUACCGCCACUUCCGGGUACAUAGCGCGGAUACGUAAGCCGACGAGACGCGGUUGAGAGCAAAGCGGAAGGAAGAGAUCGCUGUAUCGGAAAUCAUAUGUAGAACGUCAUGGCAAUCAGCAUAAAAUUUACAAAAUUCGACAAUACACCAUGGGGCUUUCGACUAGCAGGUGGCAGCGAUUUUCCGCAGCCGCUAACUGUUAUCAGAGUCACGGAGGGCAGUCUGGCCGAGUGCAUGGGUUUAAAAAUCGGUGAUGUCAUAGUAAGAUUAAACGAUCAGCCUAUUAGCAGUUUGACACACGGGCAAGCGCACGAAGAGCUAAUGCAUGCUGGCAAUAACUUCAUUCUAGCUAUACAAAGAGAGGAGGAGACACGAAAGGCUGCCGAGGCGAUAUCGGAAGAGAACAUCGUCCCAUAUAAGAUCGCCCUUGCAGAUCUACCACCAGUCUUCCCAGAAGAGAUCUUGAAGGAGGAGACAGUGAUCGAGCGGUACGAGGAAGAGAAGACCGUUGACGAGCAUACAGCGCCGUUGUCCGCCGAAGAAGAGCUCAGGCGAGAGGAGGAGAAGCUCGCGGAAGAGAAACCGGUGGACGCUAACAGCGAGAUCGUGCCCAACAAAAAUCUCACGGAUGACGAGAUCGCGCAGCUGAUUCUCGAGGAGGAGGAACUCUUGUCCGACCAGGGAUUAUUGGGAGUGAACUUCAAAAAGCUGCGACCGCGAGCUCCGAUCUUGAAAGAUUCGAAGGUCUUGGAGGAGCUGCAGAACAUCGCGACAGCCGAGCCCGAGCGGGUGCAGGAGUUAAAGCGCACAUCCACCUUCCUGCAGAAGCCGCAGCGACCGGUGCCGAAGUUGAAGUGCGAGCAGAAGGUCGAAGAAGACGACUGCGAGACGUACAAGGUCGUGAUUAAGAAGCAGGACAAGAAGACGGUGAUCGCGCGCCUCGUAGAGAAAGGUUUGCUGCCGCCAGGAUCGGAGGCGACCCUCGCCAGGACACCGGAACCGCCGGAGUUAUCCGAGGUAAAGAUGCAUGAAACGGAGAACAGCCUCGAGGCAGAUCGUUCCCCCGUCGUGUCCGACCUAAAUUCCUCGUGUUCGACCAUCCCCCUUCAUAGUGCCGAUGACUUACCCCCGUCGGAGUUCGAUUCGAACGGGAUUCACCCCGCCGAGGAUCAAUCGAUGCGUUGCGCAACGACGUACAAAUGCAAGCCGAAGCUCAAACCGGGUCAUUAUCAAAGGUGCAGUUCCGCUGGCAAGUAUAACGAGGUCAGAGCUAGACUGCCUAUUAAAGGCCACUACCUGGAGAACGUCCUUCGCGGCUACGCUCGCUCCUGCAUUGCCCGCGAUCGACAAAUCGACGAUCAGUUCGAUGAGUUCGCGAUGAGUCAGUCGGGAAGCGCUCACUUCAAGAAGCACGGUUUACCAAGCGGAAUCACCACGAAAAGAACGAGCAGAUGCGCGCGAGCGCACUACGUGGAGAGGAUUCUCCUUCGGAACGUCAGCGCCGUCGCUCGUCAGCUGCGUUUAAAGUCGAAGACGACUCGCGUCGUUGCCUCUAGAACGAAGCGCGCCAGGACAAAGGGGAGAUAUUUGGCAACGUAUCUGAGACGCGAGAGCACCCGGCUGAUGUCCUUGAUGACGACAUUGUUCCAGUUUUUGCUGCAGAGACCAGAUGUUCCCGAGUCGGCGAAUAUGCUGGAGGCACGCAAGAGACGUAUGAGUUUCAAGGGCCGUUAUCUCGAGCAAGUUCUCCAGAAGAAUGUCACUCCUGUUCUCCAAUGCGUCAAGGAGACGUGCCUUGUCAAUGAUGAGAAGACGAUCGGAGAGAGGAAGAACGGGCCGAAAUCCACGAGGACGAAGGGACGUUACAUGGAGAAAUAUCUGUAUAAACAGAACCUUCGUCUGAGAUUCGCGCUGACGAAUCUUCUCGAUCACGCGAAGAGCAGUCUCGAUAAUCUCCUCGUCGUCGCCACGUCGUCGAAGGCGAAGCGUGCAAUGAGAGGUCGAUACUUCGAGCGGGUUGUUCGCAGAAAUCUCGAGAUCCUCGAGCUGUUCGUAGAAUACGUUCGCUCCGGGAUCUCCAAAUGGCUCAAAGAGAAUCCAUCGUGCACAUCGCGAACGGAAUUUCCCAUCAUCGCUGUCAGUGCUUCUGAUCUCAUUGCCGAUAAUGCAGUUCUAAAUAAGCAGAAGAAUGAUGAAGAGUUUUACGAUGCAAUCAUCUCCGACUGGUAUGAAGACAGUCCAUCGUGCCCAUUGCAAAAAGAGUCUCCUGUCAUAGCUAACGCCGAGAAUUUAAUCUCGAACGAAGAAGAAACUGACGAAAAUGAUAGUAAUGUUGCCAAAUGUACAGACAAUUCAGUUUUAUCUGAAGAAGCCGAUAAGAUCUCCAACUCAUCUAAACCCACAGACACGAUUCUGGAGGAAGAAGACAAUUUCUCGAAAUUUUUACAGUCGACUGAGAAUUACAUUUCCGCUGAGGUUUUCCAUCGCGGCAGCAGAAGGCUCUCAAAAUCGCGCAAAUCCAUAGAUAUCCUUCCCAAAGAAGACGAUGACGGUUUUUCGAAAUUUCUGCAAUCUGCUGAGGAUUAUGUAUCAACCGAGGUUUUCCAUCGCGGCAGCAGAAGACUCUCAAAAUCGCGCAAAUCCAUCGAUAUCCUUCCCAAAGAAGACGAUGGCGAUUUUUCGAAAUUUCUGCAAUCUGCUGAGGAUUACGUGUCCGCCGAGGUUUUCCAUCGCGGUAGCAGAAGGCUUUCAAAAUCGUACAAAGACGCGGGGCAGGAACAGGGUGCUCUGUCGAAUAUCCUUCGCUCGACCGGCGAUUACGUUUCCAGCGAGAUAUUCCAUCGCAAAAGCAGAAGAUUGUCAAUAUCAUCCAGAAAGGAAUCAGUCUCCCUCGUGACUCCCACCUCGGGGAAGAGCAUGUAUUUCAAUUUACCUUGGUUUUCGUUCAAAGUCAGUGAGAAUAGCACGGAAUACAGCGGAGGCUGCGAAGAGAAGAUCGAUUCCGAGAUCGAACGCGACAGUCGGCGAUUAUCGUUCGUGCCGACGAUUCUCUAUCAAGGUGUCACGAAUUGCAUCGGCGUCGAUUUCACGAGGCUGGUGGCUUACGCGUUUGUACCUUGCACGUCGAUCAUCCUUCUAUACAUGUACAAAUAAAUCAUUUCUUGAGGAUCA